CAGUGGCCCCAGGCAAAUCUAGGCCCCCCAGCGGCAGCAGCCUCCGCCCCUCUGGCUCAGCAUGCCACCAGGUCCCGAGAUCCCGGUGCAGGUGUGGGUGGAUGGCCAACUCUUCCAGGCCGAGCAGUCGCUGCUGGUGGAACACUGCGGCUUCUUCCGUGGGCUUUUCCGCUCCGGCAUGCGGGAGGCGCGCGCGGCCGAGGUGCGCCUGGGUGCGCUGAGCGCCGCGGGCUUCGGCACGGCGCUGCGGGUGCUGCGCGGAGAGCGGCCGGCGCUGGCCGCAGACGACGAGCUGCUGCAGGCAGUGGAGUGCGCCGCUUUCCUGCAGGCGCCCGCGCUCGCGCGUUUCCUGGAGCACAGCGUCACGUCGGACAACUGCUCGCUGCUGUGCGACGCGGCCGCCGCCUUCGGCCUGCGCGACGUGCUCCACAGCGCUGCGCUCUUCAUCCGUGACGGCGCGCACGAGCUGGUGGCGGAUUUGGAGCUGCCGGAGGCCCGUGCCUACGUGGCAGCGCUGCGACCUAGCACCUACGUGGCCGUGAGCACUCACACGCCCGCGCCCGGCUUCCUGGAGGAUGCAUCGCGCACCAUGUGCUUCCUGGACGAAGAGGAGGACGCGUGGCGCACGCUGGCCGCACUGCCCUUGGAGGCCAGCACGCUGCUGGCAGGCGUGGCCACUCUGGGCAACAAGCUGUACAUCGUGGGUGGUGUGUGCGGAGCCAGCAAGGAGGUAGUGGAGCUGAGCUUCUGUUACGACCCGGAAGGUGGCACCUGGUGCGAAUUCCCCAGCCCACACCAGCCGCGCUAUGAUUUGGCGCUGGCCGGCUUUGAAGGCCGCCUCUAUGCCAUUGGUGGCGAAUUCCAGAAGACGCCCAUGAGCUCCGUGGAGUGCUACGAUCCCGCCACAGACUGCUGGAGCUUCGUGGCGGACCUGCCGCAGCCAGCUACAGGGGUUCCCUGUGCCCACGCGCGUGGCCGCCUCUUCGUGUGCCUGUGGAGGCCGGCAGAUAUCACUGCCGUUGUUGAGUACGUAGUGCAGAUGGACAAGUGGCUGCCCGUGGCUGAACUGUGUCGUUCGCAGAGCUACGGCCACUUUAUGGUGGCCCAUCGUGACAGUCUCUAUGUGGUGCGUAAUGGACCUUCUGAUGAUUUCCUGCACUGUGCCAUCGAUUGCCUCAACCUGGUCACGGGCCAGUGGACAUCGCUACCUGGCCAGUUUGUCAACAGCAAGGGAGCACUCUUCACCUCCGUGGUGCGUGGGGACACCGUCUAUACUGUCAACCGUGUAUCCACGUUGGUCUAUGCCAUUGAAGAUGGCACCUGGCGGCUGCUCAGGGAGAAGGCUGGAUUUCCUCGUCCCGGCUCCUUACAGACCUUCCUCCUGCGGCUGCCCCCUGGCACUACUGGGCCUGUGGCCACCGCGUUGCCAGAGUUGUGAGCUCGGAAUGACUUCAGAUUCAUGAACCUGGAUUGGGGAGCUCUUGGAAACUCCUUUUUCCCAGUUGGGACACUCAGGUCUCUGCUUUCUGGUGGUGUGGAUAUCCAAGAAGCCCUGCGCACCGCAGAUGGCUGGGGUCCUCAAAUCACUUGGGCUCUGCUGAGAGCUGGUGGGUCACAGCCUCAGGGAAAGGGGUGGGGUUACUAUUCGGAUGAUCUAGGCUUGUAGGCAAAUAGCCAACACUAGAGCUGUGGAGAAGUGGAUUAAGUGCUGUUAACCAAAAACUGCUAAUUAGCAGAUACAAAGUGUCAACACAAUGCUGGGCCUAGUUGUCAGUCGGGGUACAGAAAACUUGGAGACUAGCCUAGGAAACUCUGUCUUAAUAGAAGUCUCAGGAUGGCAAAAAAAAAAAAAAAAAAAAAAAAGGUAAAAGCAACAUGUUAAUUAAAAAAAAGUUAAAAGCAAACCCACACUGCGAUAAAAAAGAGAAUACUAAAGCAGUCAGCACCGAGAAGGGAAGAUAAAGUCCAGGAAAUAGGCGCAUAUAUAAAUGGCAUAGAGGAGAGAGGAUACAGUCUGGAGAAGCAGAGUCAGACCAGAGUCUGAGCCCUCCAAGAGGAAACGGGCAAGACUGGACCAGACAGGGUCUCUGUGAGCUCCAGACUUGACAGCCGGAGGCAUUUAGGCUGUGAGUGAGGCCGGACUGACUUGUAGCAAACAAAACUCUGUUGAGCCUGGAGCAAGCCCGUGGGAGGAAGCGAGGAUUCCCUACAGUAGCUCUGGGGACUGGAAUGGAAAGGAAGCACCCAGGUGUAAUUCCUUUACCUAUCUUUUUUGUGAUCACUAUGGGACAGUAGAUUGUCAACCUCCUGACCGGGUUACUUACGGUGUAAGGAGCCUAGUCCGGCCGAUCUGGGCGCAUUCCUUCCUGGAUAAGCCAGAGGCUCCAUCUCUCUCCUAAUCUCUGCUGUGACCACUCCCUGGGCCUGCAAUGCCUUUCCUCUUCCUCCUUCUUAUCUCUGUUCCCACCUCCUUUCAGCAGGAUUGGCUGAUCUAGCUCCUGUUUUCCGUCCUGGCUGCCUGCAUCCCUCACUGAUCUCUGUGACAUUCUGUGUUGUAUGCGCAGCCCCACCUGAAUGCAGAUGAUAAAAGCAGAAGUCCCAUGCUGCUAACCGAGCUGGGCACUUCCUUGCCUGCAGAAUAAAAUACUGUCUUACAAGAAUCACUAGUUAGAGGUCUGCCACUGAAAUGUGUUGUUAAACAACUCCAGUCUUAAAAGCAAUAUCCAGAGCUAGGUGGUGGUGAUGCCUGCCUUUAAUCUCAGCACUCCAGAUGCAGAGGCUGGAGGAUCUCUGAAUUCUAGGCUAGUCUGGUCUACAGAGUGUGUUCCAGGACAGCAAGAAAAAGGGUUUUUUGAGAAACCCUGUCUCAAAACAAUAACAACAACAACAACAACAAAAAGUGAUACCCAGACCCAGCUUCUGUUACAGAUGCCUGCUUCAGCCCUCCAGCCUGGCCAUAUGCCCGGCAGACUUCCUUCAGUGGUCUUGUAUCGUCUCCAUCCUCUAGGACCCAAGCCAUACAAACCCCAACUUCAGAAGUAGAGAACACAGUAUGGUACUUCCUGGGCAUGGAGCCUGGUGUCGGGCUGUCACUUGCUACCUCUUCUCCUGACCUGUGUCCUAACCCUGAAAUAAGCUGCCUUCAGGAGUGUGAAAUCUUCUAGCUUUUGUGAUAGUCUAGUCUAUGACUCACAAGAAUAAACCCUGACAUUUGUAUCCUGUGAAUUCUAGGCAAACUCUUUUUACAUUCAUUUCUUCUACAGUCCCUCACUUGUGGUUGUAUAGCAGUGUAUACACACACACACUCACACACACACACACUUUUAUCAUCAGUCAAUGACUUACUCGGCUCACUAAUGGGGGAACUAGAAGAAUGUGAAGCUGGUUGGAAAGAUCAUCUGAGAGACAGAGAUUUGUAUAUUUAAUUGGCAAAGAUGUGCAGAAGUAAGUUUGCUAGGUCAGAGAUGAUGCUGGUUCAUGUCUUGGGGGCAA